AUGGUAUCAUCGAAGAACUUGGUUUCAUCCAUGCAUAUGGUGUCAUUAAAAUAUCAUGGUAUCAUCCAAGAACAUGAUGGUGUCAUCAAAAAAUAUGGCACAAUCCAAGAACUAGGUAUCAUGAAUGAACAUUGUACAAUCAAAAAUCAUGGUAUCAUCCAAGAAUAUGGUGUCAUAAAAAAAAAUUGUAUCAUCCAUGCAUAUGGUGUCAUAAAAAAUCAUGGUAUCAUCCAAGAACAUGAAGGUGUCAUAAAAAAAUAUGGCAUAGGUAUCAUGAAUGAACAUUGUACAAUCAAAAAUCAUGGUACCAUCCAAGAACAUAGUCUUGGUAUCAUGAAUAAACAUUGUACAAUCAAAAAUCAUAGUAUCAUCCAAGAACAUGUGGUGUCAUCAAAUAUUAUGGUAUCAUCCAAGAACUUGAUAUCAUGA